GUCACUCAGUGUUUGGAACGAAGCUUAGCAGGAACGUACAGGGGAAACGACAGUGCGGGGCCAGGUUUAUACGCACGAGUGAAUGGAAGCUGCUCCAUUCUUUCCUGCGAUGUAUCCUUUUGCCCGUUGAGUAUCGACGACUGCUCGAUGGAUCCGUCCGUAGCGGUGGCGGCCCAAACACCGAGGCAGCGUUAUAACGUGGAGUGACAAAAACCCCUGCUCGGCAAAAGGUCCCCGACGACAGACGCACGUUAGUCGGCGCGUUCAACAGUUCGCACAGCCUCGCGGGCUUCCAUUCUUGAAAAUUUAUGUGCGUGUAUCAAACUUCGACACCUCCCCCCCCUUCUCUCCCAUCGCGGAUGGACUGCUCCUGGGAGAAACGUCCAGCGGCUGGUGGUGGAGCUGAGAAGUCACAGAAGCCUGAGCUGGAUUUGCCAAGUUAUUAAACAAAGUGAAUCAGGUCGCGCUGUCACAGAAAUUUAUUAAGGGCAAAAAAAAAAUAAUAAUGCCGCAGAAGCAAAUGGAUUUAAUUCCGGUGAUUUUAGCUUUCAUGAUCUCCGCAAAACCAGUCUUAGGGUUUGGAAUGGACCCUGACUUGCAAAUUGAUGUCACCACAGAACUGGACCUUGAUAAUAGAGGGACGGAAGUUGCUCAGGUACCGGGAUUAUAUAAUAACAGCAAAGCGUAUUUGUUUCAAGAUGUGGAGAGACAAAUACAGGCGGCUCCACACAUUGCCGAGAAAGUGAUUCAACUGCUUAGAAAUAAAAGCGAGUUCACAAUUGUAGCCACGGUCCAACAAAACAGUUUAACCUCUGGGGUCAUCUUGUCCAUCCAUGAGUCUGAUCUCAGGUAUUUUGAACUGGAGAGUAGCGGCCAAAGGGAUGAGAUACGAUAUCACUACCGUUUCAAUGGUAAACCUCGAACUGAGGUGUUUCCAUAUCGACUCGCUGAUGGACUGUGGCACCAGAUUGCACUCUCGGUCAGCGCUUCCCAUCUUUUAUUACACGUGGACUGCAACAAGAUUUAUGAGCGUGUCAUAGAUCCUCCGCAGACCAGUUUCAGCCCAGGAAUCAGUUUAUGGCUCGGCCAACGGAACAGUAGACACGGGCUAUUUAAAGGCAUUUUGCAAGAUGUCAAAAUCAUCUUGAUCCCUAAUGGAUAUAUAAUACAGUGCCCAAAUCUUAAUCGCAGAGCAUGCCCAACAUGCAGUGACUUCCUUAAUCUGGUGCAAGGCAUUAUGGAUCUACAGGAGCUUCUCGCUAAAAUGACGACAAAAUUAAACUAUGCAGAGGCCAGGCUGAAUGAACUGGAGAGCUGUUACUGUGAGAAGACUUGUCAAGUGAACAGAGAAGUGUAUCGCAGCAUGGAAUCAUGGGUUGAAAAGUGCAAAAACUGUACCUGCAAGAAUGGAGCCAUUGAGUGCAGGCGCGUUACAUGUCCUCCUCUAAACUGCCCACCAGAUUUUCGGCCAGUGUAUAGAGUGGGCAAAUGCUGCAAAGAAUGUCGACCCAUAUGUCUCUAUGGGGGUCAGAAGCUUGCUGAAGGGCAGCGAGCAUUGAAAGCCAACUGUCGGGAGUGCAGAAACCGAACAAUGGCCAUUGUUCAUGAGACAUGUCCAACUCUGGAUUGCCCACUGAUUGAACGCAUUCAACCUGAAAACAGGUGCUGUAAUGUAUGUCGUGGCCAUGAUUUCUGUGCUGAGGGGCAUCAGUGCGGUGAAAAUUCUGAAUGCUGGAAUCUGAACACAAAAGCUAUAUGCAUGUGCAAGAAUGGCUUUGUUCCCAUACAAGGCGACAUGGCACAUUGUGAAGAUAAGGAUGAGUGUGCGAAUGGCACACACUACUGCCAUGCAAACACUGUGUGUGUGAAUUUGCCUGGAUCGUAUCACUGUGACUGUCUCCCAGGAUACACCAGAGUUGAUGACUACUCCUGUACAAAACGUGACGAAUGUGGAAAUGGACAGCACAGCUGUCAUGAGAUGGCAAUUUGCACAAACACAGUCCGAGGCCACCGAUGUACCUGCAAGCCUGGCUACGUGGGCAAUGGAACCAUCUGUCGAGCAUUCUGUGAGGAAGGCUGCAGGAAUGGCGGAAGCUGUAUUGCCCCACAGACGUGUGCUUGUCCUCCUGGAUUCACAGGAGAUGGCUGCCAGACUGAUAUUGAUGAGUGUGCCGAAGGCAUCAUACAGUGCCACAAACAUGCCCGAUGUGUGAACCUACCGGGAUGGUAUCACUGUGAGUGCAGGGCUGGUUACCAUGACAACGGCAACUAUUCAUUCACCGGAGAGACCUGCAUUGAUGUCGAUGAAUGUGCCACAGGAAUGCAUAGUUGCUGGAAUGACUCGGUCUGUGUGAACCUGGAAGGGGGAUUUGACUGCCGGUGUCCUUUUGGUGAGCAUUGCACUGGAGACUGCCCCCAUGAUGAAGGGUUAAAGCGUAACAGACAGGUCUGGACCUUGAGAGAUGAUCGGUGUUCUGUCUGCUCCUGUCAGGAUGGGAAGAUUUUCUGCAGAAGGACUGUUUGUGAUUGUCGUAAUCCGAAUGUAGACCUCUUCUGCUGUUCAGAAUGUGACACCAGAGUGACCAGCCAGUGUUUGCACCAGAAUGGACAUCUGGUCUAUCGCAGUGGAGACAUCUGGACUUAUAACUGCCAGCAAUGCCGAUGUUUGCAGGGAGAAGUGGACUGCUGGCCUUUAAACUGUCCAACAUUCAGCUGUGAGUAUACGACCAUUCCAGAGGGAGAGUGUUGCCCACAUUGUGUGAGUGAUCCAUGCUUAGCUGACAACGUGGUCUAUGACAUCCGACAGACAUGUAUAGACAACCAUGGGAUAACACGGCUGAGCGGCUCCAUAUGGACCACGGCUGGAUCCCCCUGCACGACUUGCAAGUGCAAGAAUGGGAAUAUUUGCUGCUCAGUUGAUGUGGAGUGCCUCUACAACAAUUGAUGCUCUUUCAAUGGACUAGUCUACUUCCUGUACAGAUGGUGCAGGUAUUCACGAAACAUACUGCAAAAAGGCCCUCACAUUGUAGAACCAAAAGCUACCAAAUGGAGCAAGAUAUCCAAGAGUUUGUGUGUCGUUGAGCUGUCCUGCACUUUUGUGGCUGUCAGUUCGAAAUCUUUCACUUUCAACUCAAGGUUGGGAGCUUCCAUUACCAUAUUGUUAGAAAACAACACUUCAAUAGUUUUUACAGCAUUUUGCGAGCUGUAAGUGGAAAAUUGGAUUGUUUUAUCUGACCUUACAGUUAAAUAGCUGUCCAAAUUUUGUUGUCCUGUUUUUAAGUAAAGCAAUUAUCUGUAAUAUUGUGUAUUAACCCUUUAAGUACUGAAUGUCCUUUGCCGCUUUUGAAAUUCAUGCAUUUCCCUGUCAAGCAACUGAACAAAUCACCUUCUAAUCAAGUCCAAUGCUGAACAUUAUGGAGAAAACAGUUGUGCAAAGACAGGAAACUAUGGAACGUGUACUUUAAUUGUAUUUAUGUUUUUGCAGACGAAGAACCCAGAAUGGUUGCAGUGUAGCAAUUUUACAUUUUUAAUUUCGGUUACGAAAAUAUAAUGGCAGAUAGUUCCACAGUACUUUAAAGAUAGAAUAGCCUGCAGCUACAGUACCAAGCUCAGGAUGCACGUUCUCUUUUAACACAACUGAAAGGUAGGACAUGUCUAAAGUGGCAGUCAGUAUCUUUUCUGGUGUUGUUGUGGUCAAGGCUAAUUAAGGCAUGUCUAAAAAGGCAGAAGUUUGAUUUUGUUGUAUUCUGCAAAAACACUCAGAAUUAAACAAUUGACUUAAAGCUUG